AAUAUAUUCAAAAUGGUUCGAGGGGUCGUUCUGGGAUUUUGUCAUGCAACGCUAGUUUUCAUCCUGCUGUGCUCUGUCACAGGCUUGUCUCUGAUGGGUCACCGCAGAGAUGCAGAGGAUGACCAGCAGCUCAACAAAGCUAUUUUAGAAAUGCUACACAUCAAUAAAGUGUCUGCGAGCCAUCAGGCCAAACCACAUCCCUACAUGAAGAGGGUCUUUCAGCAUUUGGACUCACUGGAGGCUGAAGACUUUGGGAGAUCAGAUGGAACACUGGUGCAGAGUUUUCGGAGUGUUCUUGGUCCAAAUGGUGCUCCUCCUGGCUGGAUCUGGUUCAACUUCAGCAGUCUGAGCCAUUCCAUGCUGGGUGCCGAGCUGGUUCUGUUCAGAAAAACCCUCCACCCCCAUCCCCUCAGCGUGACUGUCACCCUGCACAGUGUCACUGCUUCACAGGGAACCCUGCAGGAGAGUCCCGCUCUGGAGGAGAGGAUGCUGACCCUGAACCAGCGACCCUCAUCUGGAUUUGAUGUGUUUGAUGUGUCAGCUGUUCUGGCUGUGAAGCCUGUGGAGGUGGUGGGCUUUCAAUUGCGUUAUACAGAUGAGAGUGGAAGUCUGGUCCUUCAUGAAGCCCUGACACAGAGUCUGUACUGUCUGAACAGAGGCUCUCUGAGUGAACCCUUACUGGUGCUUUACCAGUAAGGGUUCAUCCCCUCCACAUCUGACUCCGUCACUGGGACUAUUGUUGAGAGUUAAAAUAAAAUAAAAUUAUAUAAUGUGUCUGCACAAAAUAGGUCAUAAUAUAAAAAUGGUAUGGUUGAUCUUCCGUAGGUUUUAUUUUUGAGACUUCAAAUCCAUAAAAAUUGUCUUGACUCGACACUGAUAGGAAUUGAUACUAAUCAUAUCAGUGUAACAAGCAUAUGAGUCUACUGUCCUCCAGUGGACACAAUUAUUAACUACAGCACUACAUUAAACUAAAGUAACAACUAUACUCGGCUAAUAAUAAUCACUAAUAAAAUGAGUCAAUCUGUUUCAGUGUCUGUAUAUUAUAAAUGACAAAAGUAACAUGAGUGUUGU